AAAAUUGACCUACUACUAAACAUAUAAACAAAGGAUACUUUAUACACGGCACGAGUGUGCAAAUUAGUUGCAGUUGUAUUACAUUUAAAUGAAAUUAGGUACGAUGUGAGAACAAUAUAGGACUAUGUACGAUGUUUAAAUAAAAAAGGACAUGAUUUAAGACAGAUUUAGCAAUAAAACAGUGUCAUGUGUCAGGUUUAAAUUACCUGCACUUCCUCCUCUUUGUCCUUUUCUUGACGAUAAUGCUGCUUGAUCGCUUUCAGGAGUUUUUCAGCCUGUUUUAGCAGAAAGAAACGUAAUGUUAUUGAGUACAUUUCGCCCAGGUGCACACAUGCAGACGUUAGCUUCCAGUAACCGUUAGCCUUAACACAGUUGAAAAAAAACAUCUAUUUCUGAUUUAAUGUAAACAUUACAACUCCAUUACCUUUCAUAUUCCCUUUAAGCCCGAGCUCCUUAGCGGUGAUUCUCAGCUCCGCAUAUUUCAUAGAGUCCAAAUCCAUGUUUUUGUUAUAUUCUAUUCCGUAAUAUAAGAGAAAACCCAACACACACGUUAAGUUUCUGAAGGAUGUGUGGAGGAGCUGACGGUUAAACAUACUGCGAUUCAAAACACAGCGGGAGGAGCCGUUUUAAUUGGCUGUGUGACCGGAUGUGCCUCACAGCCAAUCAGAGAGAAGGAACAUCUUUGACAUUAUUUUAUCCGUUCAUCGAUUAACGGUUGGUCUAAUUUUUCAACGUUUAAAAUAAUUUAACAAUUGUUUUUUAAGGCUAAGGUUUCUUAUUUACAUUUUUACAGAUGAUUAUUGCCAGUAAAUCGGCGUUUUCUCUCAUGUUUUGGUUUAGUUGGCAACUACUCAACGCCGUUUUGAUUGGCUCCCGUGUGUAACCGGAUGUGCCUCGCAGCCAAUCAGCCACUCGUGUGAAAUAUAAAACUGUAUUUUUAUUUAUUUAUUUAAAUGUUUGUAUUGCUUUAUAUGUCCACCACUCAAUUUUUUUGUAUACAAAAUAAAUUGUGUUCUUGAAUAACAUACAAAUAAAAGGUUUUAAACAGCUUUUUUUUGGAGGAGUUAGUUUUAUCACCAGUAGUAGGCGGUAAUGCAAGGUACCGCCUCUAAAAACCAAAGAAGAAGACGGGUUGUUUUUGGUUCAAAUCCACAAGCGGGACAACAAGGGAUCUAUAAAAGGGAAUACAGAUGGAGUUUAAUGGCACUCUUUUAAUCGCCCGUGCAGAUGAGAUGUGUGCAGAGGACGGACACACACAGAGGAUGACUCUCCACUGUCUGCAGUGCAGCACCGUGCUGGGGGACUCCUUCAGUGCGUGUGGGGAGUGUGUGGACUCUAUCGUGUGUUUGAGCGUGACCGACGACGUGGUGGUCAGUGAUGCGAUGAAGUCAGGAUAUAAAGGGGAAAUGGCGAGGUGCAUCUCCAGCUCUCUGAAAUGUGGUGGCUGCGGCUCCGCUGUGGGUUCAGUGAUCCACUCUGCUCCCCCCCCUCUCGGUGCUGUUCGCUCCAUGUUCCUGCUCCAAAAAAAGAACAUCAGCUGUUACAUCCUGAAUCGCCGCUCGAUGGUGAAAGCCUCCACUCUUACAUUCGACAUGAAGCCCCUCAGAGAGAGCAUGAAUGAGACGCAGCAGCAGUUUGAAGCGCAGUUGGAUCGGAUCUCACACAUUAAGAGCAGACUGGUCGACAGCAUUGCUUCUGUCAGCUAGAGGUCGCAGGCUGGGGUUCACGUUUGCUUUUCAAUCUGUUCUCCAAUAUCUUCCCCUCAGCCUUGCUCACUCAUUUAAUGAAUUCUCUGCAGAUCAUAGAUUGUGUAUGCUGCAGAUGCAUUGUGGGUAUUGUAGUUCAACAAUCACACAUUCCUUGCUGUCUGAUAUUUUGAUCUCUUUUAAUCUAUUUGGGACUGCACAAACAAUACAUAUAUGCAUUUGCAUCAAAGAUUUCAUUAAUUGUAUAUCAUCCUAGAUUGUGUACAUGCUUUUUAAAAAAAAAUCUUCAUAUUUCACAAAUGUUCACUUUCUUUCAAAUGUGCUAUAGAUAGCAUCUGUCUUAUGUUUGUCUGUAUCUUUGUUGUACAUUCUGUCCUGUAAUAAAAACACCAUCACUUUCA